AGCACAAGGCUGGCACACUGCUCUGUCAGUCUUGUGAACACGGCCCUCCUCUCCCCCUCUGUCUGUGGCCUGGAGCAAAGACCUGAAUAAUAUCCCUCAAUCUUCUGAAACUCUGUUGCGUUUCCUGUGGAUUUUAUGUUUUUUAAGUGUUGAAAACCCAACGAUUGUUUUGGUUUUUGGUGGGAAAAACAGGGAAAAGACAUUCUUCCAGUCUGGAUUUGUAGCUAAGAAGAGCUGUGUAAAAUUUCCAAGAUGGCAUCUUUGAAAGGCUGGGUAGUGGGGCUCCUGCUGGUGCUCCUGUGCCCGUCCCAGGUGCCGCUUUCUGGGGUGGUGAGUGCCCAGGACGUGGCUGAAGCAGAGGCAGACCUCCAUGCCAGAAAUUAUGAGGAGGCCGUUGCAGAGGAAGGUGAAACUACUCAGGGCGAUGAUGGCGCUGGUGAGGAAGAGGAACAGGUAGCAGAAGAGGAAGGUGAAGAAGAAUCAGAUGAUGAGGAGGAGGAUGAAGAAGGGGAGGCUGAGGAGGAAGAUGGGGAGGAAGAAGAGGAGGCAGGAGAAGCAGAGGAGGAGGAAGAGGAGACUGCUGAUGAAGAAGCGGAGGAGGAGGAAGAGGAGGAAGCUUCUGAUGAAGAGGCUGCUGAGGAAGAUGAAGAGGAGGAGGAAGAUGCUGUGGAAGAAGAGGAGGAGGACGCUGAGGACGAGGCUGCUGAGGAAGACGGAGAGGAGGUGGCUGCUGAGGAGGAGGAAGAGGCUGGAGACGAGGAAGAGGAGAAUGAUGCAGAAGAAGAAGAGGCUGAUGAGGCAGCAGCAGAGGAAGAUGAGGAGGAAGAUGAGGAGGAGGAGGAGGAGGAGGAUGCUGAUGAAGAUGUGGAGGAGGAGGAGGACUCUGAAGGAGAGGAGGUAGCUGCGGAGGAGGAGGCUGAUGAUGCUGAGGAAGAGGAGGAUAUUGCUGAGGAUGAGUCUGAGGAAGAGGAUGCAGAGGCCGCCACUGAGAGGCCGCAAUUCCACUCUGGCUCUUUGUGUAGCGUGUGCUCCAUCUGUGAGCACUGCUCUAACAACUGUGACAAGUGUCCCUGUGAAGAGGGAGAUGAGUCAGAUCACUGUGAGCACUGCCAAGGAUGCUCAUCCUGCUACCUUUGCCCCAUACUGUGUGACACAAUAUGCACCCCAGGUGGCCUUGUUGAUGAGCUAACCGGGUCCCUCUUUCAGUAA